AUGUCAGGGAUGAACCAGGUGGUUGCAACAUGCUGGACUUGCAUCCUGCUCUCGGCUUUCUUGUAUGAGCCUGUGCUUGGAAAAGGUGGUCGUGGAGGGUCCCGGGGCUCCUCUCGAGGAUCUCCUUCCCGCAGCUCCACAGCGGGGACCUACCGGGGAGGAGGCGCCUACGGCGGAACCCGCUCCCGCUUCAGGGCGGCAGGACGCACGUCCCCAGUGAGGGUGGCAGCUGCAGCCGCAGCAGGAGCAGCUGUGGCUUUAACCGCGGAUAAAUGGUACGCGUCGGCCUACCGCCAGAGCAAGGCCGACAGCUCGGAGGAAGAACUGGAUUACUACAACAGGACAAACUACUUUGAUGCAUUAAUGUCGGACUCGACUCAAAAUGGAUCCUCUCUCUCUCAAGUGGUUUCUAUAAUUAUUGCAACAUUUUCCCCCAAAUAUGGACUCUUAUUGGACAGUAUACUGUAA